UCAUUUUAUGUCUAACAAAUUUGAUCAAACAUAUAUAUACAAAUAUUUGUGAAAUGGCACUCGACAAUCAUUUCUAUAAAGUCAGAUGCUACUAUCCCAAUAUUCUGGUAAAUGUGAGGCGUGUGCUAAUGAGUGGCAAUUGCACCUCGCCCGAGCACACCAUGACACUCGCUCAAAUACGUGCUGGCUACAGGGAACUAACAGAUGAGAAAUUUCCCAAUAUGGGCGAUCCACGCAUUGAGCUGUGCUUCUUGCUCUCAACGCCAUACAUUGCUUGCUUUGCCAACAAUCACGGCACGUUCCACUUUUACCUCUUGCAGCAACCUGAAAACAAAACUUAAAUUUUGUGUUCAUGAAAUAUUUACGCCGUGCAAUUUAGUUAAGCUUUAU